AUGAAGAUCUUCGUAACGAUCGUGCUUUUCUCUGCCCUCGCGUCUUUGGUGGAAUUGAGGAAGUCGGAGUCGAGGAAACAUAAACGGGGAGUGGCAUUUUUCGGGUCGCCUGGCUAUGACUUCUUCGGCAUUGUGCCAGCUUUCAGUCCUUCCUCGUGGGGUCCUACGAGUGUUGCGGCUUCUGCUUGGAACCCACCGAGCUCUCCUGACAUAGCACUCACUCAGGUUCAAGUUCAAGCCACGCACAAUGUGGCGCUUCAAGCCUUGAAGGACCCGUCAUCAGGUACGCCCACUAUUGCAUACCCGCCCGAAGUCCUGAGGGCGAUUCAACAAGCGAAAGAGGCGAAUAAUAAUGUUGCCGUAGCUCAGCACAAAGUUGCGGAAGCGAAGCAAGCCGCGCUGAUUCAACAGAAAAUUGCGUUAGCGAAGGAGGCAGCGGCGAGGGAAGCUGCCGCGAGGUCUCAAGAAAUUUCGCAGCACGCUGAAGCCGAGGCUCGAGAUAGCGCUCGUCAACUCGUAGCGCUGCAACAGAGAUUAGCAACCCUGAAGGACUCGGUAGCAGCUGCUCAACGAGUGGCCGCGGCCAGGGAAGCCGCUGCGGCCGCAGCGAUCCAAAGGAACGCGGCUGAAACCGCCGCCGAACUGCAAAAGCAGGACGUUGACAAGCAGAUUAACCAGAGCGAGCAAGAAGCCAAGGAAAAGGACAUACUAGCCGCGAAGGAGAAUGCAGUGGCAGCCGCGAUUCAGCAAACGAGCUUACAGAAACCUACUCAUCACCCUUGGGGUUGA